AUGGGUUGUUGUACAUUUAAAUUGUAUAAAGAAGAAGCAGGUAUUAAACAUUUUAACUUAAGUCUUAACAAUAGAAGAUAGAUAAUUAGAUUAGAUAGAUAUAGAGAUUAACAAUAAUAAUGCUUAAAAUGUUACAACAAAAAUAUUGUUUCAAGAUAAAUAAACUACAGGAAUUAAAUCAAGUUCCUUAUCGAAAGAAUAAAUUUAUUAAAAGGAUUAAGAAUAGGAUUAAGAAUAAACUAAAAAUAAGUAAGAAAAUAAUUCAGACAUGGCUAGAAAAACAAUUAGUGGGAAAAUGAAAUUAACACCAGAGAUGUUGGUUAGAAAGUAAUGUAUUACUGAGAAAUUUCUGUCCCAUUAUGAAAUUGUAAAGAAACUGGGAUAAGGAGGAUUUGGUGAGGUUUAUUUAGUAAAACAUUUAUCAACUGAAAAUUUGAGAGCAGUAAAAGUAAUUCUUAGAAAAACAAUCAAUUGCGAAGAAAAAUUAUUAGAAGAAACCGAAAUUUUAAAAACUUUAGAUCAUCCAAAUAUAGUAAAAGUCUUGGAAAUAUUUGCUGAUUUUAAAUAUUAUUAUAUAGUAACUGAAUACUGUUAAGGAGGUGAGUUAUUAGAUAGAAUAAAAACAAUGACUAAUUAUAAUGAGAGAUUGGCAGCUAAAUAUAUGAAAUAAGUAUUUUCAGCAAUAAUAUAUUGUCAUCAUAAAAAUAUAGUACAUAGAGAUUUAAAAGUAUUAAUUUAUAAAAUAAAAUUUUAGCCAGAAAAUAUCUUAUUUGAUUCAAAAGAUCCUGAUGCUAAUUUAAAGGUGAUUGAUUUUGGAGCAAGUGAAAAAAUGGUUAAUGAAUCUUAUUUAACAAAAAAAGUUGGAACCCCUUAUUAUGUGGCUCCAGAAGUAAUAUCAGAACCAGGAUAUGAUUAAAAAGUUGAUGUUUGGUCUUGUGGUGUUAUUCUUUAUAUUUUGAUGAUAGGUAGACCACCUUUUAAAGGAUAAAAUGAUAUAGAAACUUUAAAAUUAGCUAAAUAAGGUAAAUUUAAUACAAGUCAUGAACGUUGGAAUAGAUCAAGUGAUUAAGUCAAAGAUUUGAUCACUAAAAUGAUAGUUGUAGAUCCAAAAUUAAGAAUUAAUAUGGAAGAAGCUUUUAACCAUAUUUGGAUAUAAAAUACUGAAAAUAAUGAAAAUAAUGAAGUUUAAGAUUACAAUAUAAUCAAAACACUUAGUUAAUUUUCUGCUUAAAAUAAAUUAAGAGCAGCUAUUAUUUAGUUUAUUUCAGUUCAAUUAGUUAAUAAAGAAGAAAGCAUUAAAUUAUCUUAAACAUUUAAAUCUUUAGAUAUUAAUGGAGAUGGUACAUUAAGCAGAGAAGAACUAUUAAAAGGAAUUUUAACUGCAGAUAUUGAUCAUUUUUAAGCAGAAACUAUGGUAAAUGAUUUAAUGUAAGAAUUAGAUGUCAAUGAAUCUGGUAAGGUUGAUUUUACUGAAUUUCUAUCUGCUGCUCUUGUUCUUUAAUAAAAAAUAACUCUUAAUAAUAUAAAAAAUGCUUUUAAAAUGUUUGAUAUUGAUGGUAAUGGUGUAAUAAGUAAAAAUGAAUUAGAAAGUAUUUUUGGAGGAAUAGAAAUUGAUAGUUAAGCUUGGGAAGAUAUUCUAGAUAAGUUUGACUUUAAUAAAGAUGGAGUUAUAGAAGAAGAAGAAUUCAUUAAACUCUUAGAAAAUAUUUAAUUAUGA